AUGGUCUGGCUUCCGUACCGAACCCCCACUGACCGGAACGGGGGCCCGUGGGACAGUGUCCCACAAUGUGCCGCACUAGCGUCAAGGGAGGGGAUCACAGAUUUCCUGGCUUCUUUAUGCAACGGCCGUUCCUUCUUAGAGCCCGCGGAACUCUUCGUUCAAUAUCUAGCCACCUAUUCCUACCUACAUGGCAGUGGAAAGGAAAAGAAAGCACUGACUUACAGUGAUUUAGCAAAUACUGCAGAAGAAUCAGAAACUUUUCAGUUUCUUGCAGAUAUAUUACCAAAGAAGAUUUUAGCUAGUAAAUACCUGAAGAUGCUUAAAGAGGAGAAGAGGGAAGAAGAUGAGGAGGAGGAUAAUGACAAUGAUGAUGAAGGGGACGACGAUGAAGCCGAAUCCUAAACCAAAAAAGAAGUGCUUUAAAAAUCAGUCUGGUGAGGAUCCUCCUGUAUUAGCACCAUUGCUCUGAAGUAAGCACAACGCUGUGCACCUUUAGACUCUUCCCUUUUUCAGAGACUUCCAGUAUGAUGUAUUCUUUCCUGAGCACCUCAUGCACCUAAACCCUAAGGAAAGUAACCCAGACAGCAGUCUCUCUUGAUGGGCCCCCCCUGCAGUUGGUUACCAAGAAAGCUGCCAGUACGUCAGGCACUACCGUCUCACCUGCUGCAGCUCUAAACUGUAGAGGCACAGACGAUUUUGCUCAACUUUUCAAUUUACAAAUAAAUAGAAUUUGAAGAGC